AUGUCUCUCUACUCGAUGGGUAUGAACUCACAGGAGGUGGAUCCUGCUCGAAUGCAGAUGGCGGAGUUGGAAAUGGAGUCGCUGACGGCUCUGUUCGACUCGCUGAUGAACACCUGUCGAUCCAAAUGCAUCCCCGCCGAGUACGGAGAGGGCGAAAUCAACAAGGGCGAGUCCGUGUGCAUCGACCGGUGCGUCAACAAGUACUUCACCGCCAACCUCAAGAUCGGCCAAAUUUUCCGAGACAAGGGCAUCACUCCUGGCGAUACCCAGAUGAUCCAGAACGCCUCGUCAAAGUACGCUGCACACGAGUCUACCGACGCUUCUGACUAG